AGUUUUCCUGUUUUCCUCCAAUCCUCCAUCGUUUGCCAAAAAUUAUCACUACUACCCCAAAAACCAUGCCACAUGGUUUUCUAUCUUUAGUGUCGACGAUAUAUUUUUCAGCGGUAGUCCCAUCUCGAGUCUUUUCUAUUGAUGCAUCACAUUUGACCUGCGAUUUUUCCAGUCUGCUCACUUGCUGGAUAUCAUAAUGACAGAAGACAAUUUCACCAAAGAGCGUGAAGCCGUCAGGAAAAGAGCAAAAAAGGUCUUCUACGGUUUGAAUAAACUGAAUCAAAAGAUAAAUUAUAUGUCACAUGAUGAGCUAAUUGAGCAUUUAGAGGCGAAUAAAUUAUCUGUGAUUGGUCAUGACGAUGUACUCAAAGCUAGACUUAAAUAUUUCUUCAAGGUCCAAAGAUUCACCGAAGCUGGUCUAGGAUAUAUUAUUUUUUCACUUCCUUACUAUAUAGUUGUUGAUUUUGAAGCUACCUGUGAUACACUUAAUCCUCCUGAUUUUCCGCAUGAAAUCAUCGAAUUUCCUGCGGUCCUCAUUAGCUCUCGAGACUUGAAGAUUGUAGACAAAUUUCAACAUUAUGUUAGCCCUGAAAUCAAUCCAAAACUCACCACUUUCUGUAAAACAUUAACUGGAAUAACACAGAAACAAGUAGAUAAUGCAGAAACUUUCCCAGUUGUCUUGCAGAAAUUUAGCCAAUGGAUUAGCUCUCACGAAUUAGGCAAGGAAGGUAGAGAAUUUGCCAUAGUUACCGAUGGACCAUGGGACAUGGGUCGAUUCCUCUAUGGACAAUGCAUGAUUUCGCAAGUCACAUAUCCUCAUUUUGCUGAUAAAUGGAUUAACAUGCGAAAAAUUUUUAGAUCAUUUUACUCUCAGCAACAGGUGAGUCUGCAGUCAAUGUUGGAUUUAGUCGGUUUAGAUUUUGAGGGUCGGCCCCACUGUGGUUUGGAUGAUGCUGUGAACAUAGCUCGAAUUUUUAUUCAAAUGAUCAAAGAUGGCGCACCUUUAAGGUAUAAUGAGGCUAUCCGGCAGAACAAAAGUCCUUCGUCGAACCUGUAUGUCCAGAAUUAUCACGGGAACGAAUGGGAGAAAAAAUAUAAGGAAUCUGAAAAAUACAUGUACAGAGAAAUGAAUGGAUUGCUUUAUAUUUUGGACAGCAACAAAAGUAAAAAGUCUAAAAAGCAGAAGGGGAAAAAAGUACAGAGAGACAGCUGAAAUUGCUUAUCACAGAUAAACCUGAAUUAAUUUUGUUAUUUUCUCAUGAGUUCCUCAGUCUACCUGUCUUUCUAGAAACCACUCGCCUUUUAUAUAAAAAAGAAAAAAAGAUGAUGGUCUUCCUCAUCAGUAUCUGCAACCAAACUGUACUUAAAUUCUCUUUAUUUUCUAAUUAAAAUCUAACACACUCAAAGGAACGUUGAUGUUACCAUUGAAUACAUUUUUCCAGGAAGUAUUUUUUUAAAUGUGUGUUAACCUUAUUUACAUGUGUUCCAAUUCAUGAUAAUUUCGUUUAUGAUGGAUGAAGCGGUUGGAAAUGGCUCUUUUGUUGUUAUUGUCUCAAUUAUUUAAGAAGAAUGAGAUAAACACUUAUUGCUAAGAUUUAGUGUUACAGAUUUUUACAGAAUACCUAUCAUUCCUUCUCAGCUUGUGAGAAUGCCAUGUGCCCUCUAUACAUUUCUCAUGAUUCUAAUAUCAAGAUAUUCUACGAAAAAUUACUUUGUCAGUCUAACAGCUUGCAUCUCUUUGCCAUAAUUAAUGACACUAUCUCAUAUGUUUAUGUGUCUGAAAUGGAUUUCUCGUGAAUACCUUGAAGCAUAAAUUUUAUUAACUAUUUACCUCUGCUACCUGAAAGAAGAAUGUUUAAACCAAAAUUGAUUUUCUUUUAAUUUUAUCCAAGGAAAGGUAAAAGCACAAAAGAAGCAUUGAGAACACCAAAAUUGUGUGGAGUGAUGAUCUUUUUAAGUAAAGAAAUUUGUAGGUACCUUGGUCAAAACAGAAUCAAUGGAAAAUUUUGUAGGGUCACAGAUCAUGAUCUGUAAAGUUAAGCUGUCGUUAACAUCGUUUACUCAUGAUUCUCAAAACCAGAAUUUUCAUUUUACCAUCUACCCAUUGUUAUAUUUUUACAUUAUACAUUUUUUUUAAUUCUUAUGUUGAGGAAUGGAGGCCUUCUCAUAAUUUUGUACAAUGUGAUUGUGAUAUGCUCUUAGAUUGAAAUGUUACAAGUUUCUUAGAUUGUUGCCAAAAGUGUGCCACAUUUUGCCAUGAUACCAAGGAUGAAUGCUGUAUGAGCCUUCAGACAUUGCCAUCUUUCCCUCAAUAAAAGCAGAGCUUGCUGGGAAAAUUACAAACAUUUUUCUUCAAAUUUUUCAAACGAUUUUGUUCACAAUUCAAGCUGAAAUAUGUAAAAAUAUCAAGGAGAAAUAUGCAUACCUCUCCAAAAUGCAUGUUUUAUCCAGGGGAUUUUGGCCAAUCUUGAAUGUUCACACCCUGUUCUUUCUUAGCACUGCAUCAUUGUCCUCAUGUGUCUGGUUGCACUUUCUGUGAAAGUAGCUUCAGUUUUUGUUUUUUCUCCUUGCACGAUAUUAAAUUAUUUCUUGGCCAUAAAAAGUUUAUACAGUUUAUUGUAUUUCUUUUGCAUAAUUUUUCUUGAAUCAGGUGGCUUUUGCAUUUUUUGUGAGCUCAUUGAUUAGAACACUGUUUAAUUUGUAUCAAAUUCAAUCUGACUCAUCUUUGUCCUUUCAUUCGUAUUUCGGAGGAUUAAGCUUGAUGCUGUAAUGAUAUGUCGAUCAACAGUCCUUUUUCUUGUGUUCAUCAGCAGUACCUAACUUCUUUUUCACCAUGUUAUUCAGCAUCGAUAACUCAUAUGUCUUUGGUUUUAGUGUAAAUACUCAAACGUUAAAAAUGGUCUCAGUAUUUGUUAUGUGUAAUUAGUUUUUCUGUCAUUUACAAUGUACUUUUCUUUCAAAAUUUCUGAAAUUAUCAGUUGCUAUUAACACCCUCAA